AUGCAGAUGCAUGCAGAGACCCACGCUCUCGUUCGGGCCUCUCGGUCCAGUUCACCUCCGGAGGCGACAAUGAAACGCCUUCGGAAAGACCUCAAACAACGACGAACAACCGUUCAAAUUUCCAUUUUUGCCGCUCGGGAAGAGAUAAUCAGAAUAAACGGGGAGAUUAUCAUUUUGGGUAAUCUCAGAGAACAAGUUGAUGCAAUGCUGCAAACAAAGCAAAACCUUGAAGUGCUGGAGAAUGAAUAUUGGACUACACAGAAGAGUCUCGAGGCGUUGAAGGACUUAGCGCUUACCCACUCCCACCCCAUUCGGAAGAUACCACCAGAAGUUUUAUCGUACAUCUUCGAACUCGCUGUGGAAACCAACCUCGUAUUCGCCAAUCCACUGGGACCCUUGAAAACACCAAGCGCGGUUUCUUUAUCGGUCGUUUGUUCAUGGUGGAGGGAGCUUGCCUUGAAUUCCCCAACGCUUUGGGCAAGGAUCUCAGUUUACCUUCACCAUCGAUCCAUUUCCGAUAGUUCACAGCGGAAGAAGAUGGAAUACCUCCAAACAGUCAUUAAGCGAGCUCGUGAUGCACCGCUGGCGGUUACAAUCGAGUUUCAUGCUUUCCAACCCGAGAAUGAUACUUGGCCACAGCAUUCGUCGGUGGUGAAGUGUUUGCUGGCUCGUCCCUGGCGAAGUACAACUAUUCGGCACGCUUUCUUUGGAGAAGGAUUUUUGUCGAUAGAAAAGAGCGGACUGGGACUGAUGAAGCGCCUGGAAUCUGUUCAGAGUCUCGACUUUCAGGAGGUCAUCGUGUGCGGAAAGAACCACUCAAUCGCACCCAUUGCGGGCCAUCCUCUCUUCCGUUCGGGCUUCUAUCAGUACGACUUUUCGAAAGUGCGAACAUUGCUCCUCCCACCACAGAAUCGCCCAUUCUCGAAUCUACCGACGUCCCUUCGCCGAGGGAUUUUCAACGGCUCAAACCUCACGAUACUCCGUAUCUGUGCAGGGGAAGAGUGGAACGACACCUUGGAGUUGCUGAGGUUCUCGGCAGCUAGUAACCUCACGUUAUUAUCCUUCCACAUCUUUCCUUCCUGUUUGGGUUUACAACGCAGUACCCUAGCAGUUCAGUUUCUGGUAUUGCGCGAGCUCGUGGUCGAAGUGACAGAACCGUCCAGUGGCCUGCAAGGGAGCAGAGGAGUCAUUUAUCGGCUUCAUCCGCUCCUUGCCGUUCAACGUGUCCUUCAAUCUAUCGAAUGCUUCUCCCUUCAAUCGUUGGUAUUACAAUCGUCUAUCGCUUCAGCCCAACGAAACUCGUACGGCCCAAAGAUCGAUGUAGGGAUGUUCCGAGAGUUUAUUGAGCGUUCAGAGUUGAAGAGACUUUACAGGUUUGGGUUUUGUGGGUUUAUUGUAUCGGAAUCUACAGCUUCUGAGAUGGUUGAGGCCGUUCCCGGGGUCAGGGAGGUGAAAAUUGGUCGACUCACAGACUCGUGGCAAUCACAUUCACAGGGGAAAUGA